CACGGCAACGAAAACCGCGGCUUCGUUUCCGCCAUGGCGCGGAAACGCUCCGCGUGUGGCCUGGACCCACAGCGUCUCCAGGAGUUCGAGGAAUCGCUGCGUCGGGAGGUGCAGAUUGGAAGCCUCGCGGGCGCAGUGCACCUGGUCUUGCGCAAGGGUCGCACGGUGUACUCGUGCGCGGCGGGGUUUGCGGAUGUCGAGCGGAAGCGGCGCUUCACUGCAGGCACACUUUGCCGCCUGCACGGGGCCACGAAGCCGCUGCUCAGCGCUGCCUUCCUCGCGCUGGUGGACGCAGGGCGCUGCUGCUUGGACGACCCCAUCGACCAGUACCUGCCCUUUCCAGAGCUGCUGGCCAGGAAGGCACGGGAUGCAGGGGACAAUGCCCAGAAGGCCACUUUGCGGCACUUGCUGACGAUGACCUCCGGCUUGGGCUACGAGGAUUGCAAGGCCUACCAGGGCCUCAUGAGGUCGGUGCGGCAGCGCCGCACGCGGCGCUUGCGGAGCUUUUGCAAAGAGUUGCUUCGGCUGCCGCUGCGGUCUGCGCCGGGGAAGCGCUACGACUACAGUUUCGCCUACGACGUCUUGGGCCGGGUGUGCGAGGAGAUCAGCGGCUUGCCGCUGCCAAAGUUCAUGUCCAAGUACCUCUUCAGGCCUUUGGGGAUGAAGGACACCCACUUCACGGUGCCGGCCCACAAGAAGAAGCGGCAAGCGGUGCUGUACACGUCUAAGAAGCUGAAGUCGAAGACGCCCCGCUACCGCCUGGCGCGCUUCCGCGGCGCUUCCGCGCCGGGGAUCCUCAGCGGCGGCGGCGGGCUUCUGAGCUACGAGGACCCGGGCCUUUGGGGCAGCGCGGCGGACUACGCCAAGUUCCUCAACGCCCUGGCGGGCGGCAAGAGCCCAUCGGGGCGUCAGGCGGACCUUCAGACCGUUCCUCGGGCUCGCGAUCGAGGGCUUCUUCCAUUGGCCGGAAAAAAUAAGAUUUGGAAAGCUUCGACGGUGCGCAAGCUUUGGGAGGACUCCCUGGCGCCCUUCACGCAGCCGGACGGCCGUUUGCCGGGCUGGCACGACGCAGAUGGAUCCGCCGAGGGCGGAUGGUGGGACUUCCGGGGGCUGUCCUUGUUGCAUUCAUACUUGGAUUUGGAUGAGCCUCCGAAGCGAAGGCGAGGUGCGAAGCCUGAGGCUCGAAACUCAUCUUCCAUGUGGUUCAGUGGCGGGGGAGGAGCCUUUUGGACGAUGGAAAAGGGCGGCAUCGCCACGGUGUCCUUUGUUCAGACCCUUGGGGGCCGUGAGGACGACACUGACGGACUGGGCCCCUUGGCCUACCGCUUGGCUCCGUGCCUCUGAGGCACUUUUCUUUUCCCCAUGGCCGCCGGGCGGGUUGGGUAAGGCCGUGGAUCGCAUUUUAAUUCUCUUUUAGUUCUUCGGUAUUAACCAACAGGUUUAGCUGGCCAUGGACAGUGGGG